AUGGCAUUAGCCGUGGUGAUUCUGGCCGGUAGGAAAAAACUGACUGUCGAGGCAGCAUCUUCGAAUAACGCCGACGAUGCUCGUCCGGUUUCUGUUUCUGCUUGUCUAAACAAAACUGGGGCAUCUCUUGUUUAUCCCAGGGAGUCGAUAUAUGCCAAUUUUUCUGUGUCACAAAAUACCAACUACCACACACAUCCCGAGAUCAUUGUCAUUCCGUCUUCUACAGAAGAGGUCGCCGCAACUGUUCGUUGUGUAGCUGCUGAGAAAGGGCGUACAAAAAUCAGUAUUCGUGGCGGUGGUCAUAGUUAUGCUGCGUACAGCCUGUCUGGCCAGGUGGUUAUUGAUUCCAGCCAGAUGAGGUCCAUCACUUUUGACGAUGACAGGAAACAAGUCACUGUCAAAUUCGGGCAAUCAUUAGGGCAAUUGGCUCUCGCAAUGGGCAAAGGCAAAUAUGCUCUACCUCAUGGAACUUGUCCUACUGUUGGAAUAUCAGGGCACAGCUUAGGAGGUGGAUGGGGUUUCACAUCUCGCAAAUGGGGAUGGCUUGUUGAUCGAAUUGUUUCGGUAGAGUUUGUCGACAUUAACGGAAAUAUCAAAAUUCUAAACCCUAGCUCAACAGGCGAUGACGCAGAGUUAUGGUGGGCAGUGCGAGGCGCUGGAGCCAACAACUUUGGAGUUGUUACUUCGUUUACAUACCUUAUGGAGACAGCUCCUUCUGAAAUAAUCAACUAUGGCCUGAACUUUGCUACCUAUACCGACUGCGUCCGAGUUCUCUUGGCUUUACAAGAAAUAGGAUCCAUCCCUGCUGACGAUCCCGAUGGUCUACCCGUCGAGUUUGGUGGAGAAUUGAUCCUCAAUGGUGAUUAUGCAAAUACUGAGAGCGCCUGUAUGCUCACUGGCCAGUACCUUGGAAAUAAGAGUGACUAUACGACUACUAUCAACAGGCUUCUUGAAAUGCUGCGAGAAAGAGGAGUGGCCGCCCUUGAAUCAGGAUCAUAUGCCCGCGAGUUCAGUGACUGGAUUACAGCGCUCACUGAUUUGAUGGGUCCAUUGGAUACUUCAGUGGCAACUAGUCAGCCUUAUUAUGCACAAUCCCUUUUAGAUGAUGGUGAUCCGGACCACACACUCGAAACGAUAGAGGCGGUUGCCGAUGCUCUUAUGGCCUCUGUGGACAUCAACGGCACCCAUACCCAUAUUUCAUUUGAUUUGAAUGGGCCCGGGUCAGCGACUAACCGUAGACCUGUCAGUGACGGCAUGUCUUUUGAGCAUUGGCAAAGUCUCUUCUUGGUGCAGAUUUAUUCAAACGGGUUUCCGGGAUUCGAUAACCCUAAUAGUCGUACCUCCGCCGUGAACAGAAUCACAAAUAUAGCAGACACAAUCAAACAAAGCAAAUCAAAGAAAAGCAACUGGCAUGCCUAUCAGAACUACGUCGACCCUUAUCUUCAAAAUUUUGGGAUGGCUUACUACGGCUCGGCUUUAGACCGCUUGAAGGCAGUUAAGAGGUCAGCGGACCCAGAUACAAUUUUUGACCAUCCUCAGGGUCUGGGUCAUGCAUGA